UCAUAUCAUAUCAUAUCAUAUUAUAUAAUUGACUAAACUUCACAAUGGCCAUUGAUCCAGAAACCUUUAAAUUCGAUACUCCACAAUUCGACCCAAGAUUCCCAUACCAAAACCAAACCAAACAUUGUGCUCAAUCUUACGUUGAUUAUCAUAAAUGUGUUAAUGUUAAAGGUGAAGAAUUUGAACCAUGUCAAAUCUUCUUUAAGACUUUCACUUCAUUAUGUCCACUUGAUUGGGUUGAAAAAUGGGAUGAUCAAAGAGCUGCUGGUAAAUUCCCAGUUAAGAUGGAUUAAACAAUUCAUAAACAUUGUAAAUUAAUUAUUCAUCAUUUUAACUCAUCUACUACACACCUAUUCAUCAAUCCAUCCAUUUAUCAUCAUCACCAUCCUCCAUUUCAUUUUUUAUUUCAUCCAUUCCAUUAUUCAUCAGUAGUAAUGGCAAUCAUAUCAUUUAACGAGAGAAAUGUUUAAAUCUAAUGAUGAAUUUGUCCUUUUUGCCAAUUCAUUCAAUUAGUUUAUCAUUUCUGAAGAAUAUAUCUUUUUAUCAUUUUCAUCUUUAUAUAUAUUCACUUAAAGUAAAGAAUGAUGUUGUUUUUGAUUUAAUAGCACCAUUUCUUAUCAAAAAAAAAUUUAUAACGAAUAACAGAAUAAUCUCCCAAAGAAAGAGCUAUACAUAUAAUCUAUAUGAACAAAUACGUUAAAUAU